AUGGCCGACCUUGAGGAAGCUGCUGCAGGUCUUCAGCUCCUGACCUCUGAUCAGAAGUUGACCCAGGAUCAAGAUUGGGACACUGACCUGGACGAGGACGACUCCUCCGGCAGCAGACGGGGUCUGUCCCGUGCAGAGGUGUACCUGCAGGCCUGCAGGCGGAUCGGAGCCGUCCCCGUCUCGGCCUUCGUCAGGGCCGUCAGCGACACCACCGUCAACCUGAAUCACUACGGCGUCGGCCCCCGGGGAGCCAGAGCUCUGGCCGUGGCUCUGAAGGACGACAAGGUGGUGACCAAACUGGAGCUGGAAGACAACAGACUGAAGGCAGAGGGGACGCGCUACCUGAUGAAGAUGCUUCAAUCAAACACCACUAUAGAGAGCCUCAACAUUUCACACAACCAGUUGGGCCUUGAAGGAGCGUCCGUUGUCUCCAAAAUGCUCUUAGACAAUUAUCACGUCAAAUCCAUCAAGCUGUCGGGAAACGACUUCGAUGACUCUGCUGCUGAAUUAUUACUACAUGCUUUAAAGGAUGACCGUCUGAUCAGAGAGCUGGACCUCAGCAGCAACAGGUUCAGCAGCGGAGCAGACGGACUGCUGGGCAGAAGUUGUCUUGAAUUCCUGGACCUGAGCUGGAAUCGUCUUCGUGGUGCAUCGUCUCUGUUCACCGCUCUAAAGGUGAACUCCACCCUGAAGCAGCUCCUGCUGUCGCACAGCAGUCUUGGUGGGACGGAGGCGAAGAGUCUGAGCCAGGCUUUGACGGAGAACAGGACGCUGGAGCUGCUGGACCUCAGCGCCAACGCCAUGGACGACGAGGCGGCGGGGCUGCUGAGCCUGGGCCUGACCUCUAACCCCACCCUCAGAGUCCUCAAGCUCGUCUACAACCCCAUGACCAACACCGGAGCUCUGAGUCUCCUCAAAGCUGCUCUCAGCAACAAGUCUGCGCUGGAGAACCUGGACAUUUCUAGUGUGUUUGUGAACGAGGACUUUGUAGAAAUGCUGACAGAAGCGCGGCGGCGGCGGCGUCCUGCCCUGGAUGUGCAGUACAGCGCCAUGAGCUUCGUCACCAGGAACUUAACCGCCCUGCAGGUCUUUAAGGAGUCCCUGGCCGAGAGGAACAUGAGCGUGAUGGACUUCUUCAAGGCUCUGGACAAAGAAGGAAGCAGGCAGGUCUCCACCGCAGACUUCAGGAAGGCCGUGAAGGAAGCCAACUUACCUCUGGAUCAACACCAGCUGGGCUGGUUGGUCAGGAAGUUUGACGGGAAGUGCACGUGUCGCAUAGCCUACAGCCAGUUUGCGGAUAUCUGAUACCUGAGGACGACACACC